AUGUUUCUUGGAUUCAUUCAAGGGCACAGUCUUCUCAAACAGGACCAGAGCAAGUAUGCCAUGAACCAAUGGGGCAUUACAUGGGACCCAAGCUGCCGAGAUCUCAACCCGACGAACAAGAAGGAGACAAAACAAGAUUUCGUCAAGCGAGCAUGGGCUGGCGCGAUGGAGCUGAGGCCGCUGUCACCGAAGGCUCAGGAGGAAAUCAACAAGGAGGACCCGGCGUAUGUCCAAUUCUUCGCACUUGACUGGUCCAAAGAAGGCGUGGGACGCAUUCAAUCUGUGUUGAAGCAUUUAGCUCUCCGAGCCAAUGCAGACCCAGGAACCAAGCGCCGCCCUUCAGAACUCAGAAGCACCAUCGACAUCAAUUGCAAAGACAAGUGGAUGGAAGAUGACAAGGAUGAAUGUCACAAAACUUUGGCUUUCCUCGAGAACCAGACGGACCCGGACGAUGAUACGGAGUGGGCCAAUUCAAUCUUGAAUUUCUGUCCCGACAUUUGGUCGCUCCCUCGAUACGAUCGGCUCAAAACCGCGGCGCAAGUGAACGAAGCUUAUGAACAGGGCGUGUCAGCAGCCGACUAUAUGCUCGUCCGGCGGAACAUGUACCAGGAUCCAUCUUGGUAUGGUACAGAUGCCACUACGGUUGCUCCUGAGUCGACUCAUGUCUUCUGGAUUGGUUCCACAAACGAAGAAAACGAACGAGAUAUCUGUUACGACGUCGAUGAAAUACGUGGACUGCAGAAAUGUGCAGAAAUGGCCUGGCGCAAAGGCCACCCGAUUCCCGAUAACCAUCGGGUUACAUGGAACGCCCCUUCCUAUCAGAACUAUCUGGAAUAUGGCCGCUUUGUGGAGCUGAUGGAGAAAGAUCUCUGGCCUAAGAAACUCAAGCCUGUGAUGUUGCCGGUUCGUUACCGACAGCAAGGUUGUUGCGGAUGA